AUGAACGCUACAGAACUCCUCGCCAACACUCUCUCCCCAGAUGCCAAUACGCGUCAAGAUGCCACCCAGAAGCUCGAGACAGCGUCCAGGGAGAAUUAUCCGGAAUACAUGUUGAUGCUUUCAUCGGUGCUCGUCAACGAAAGCGCACCCAUCCAUGUCCGCAACGCCGCUGGUCUCGCUCUCAAAAACACGCUAUCCGCUCGGGAAGCCGCGCGACAAACCGAGUACAGCACGAGGUGGUUGGCCCUCGCCAGCGACAUAAAAUCAAAGAUCAAGCAGGACGCUCUCCUCACCCUCGCUUCUCCAAAUGCAAAGGCCGGCAGCUUCGCUUCCCAGGUCGUCGCUGCCAUUGCUGCCACAGAGCUCCCAGAUAACCAGUGGCCAGACUUGAUUGAAGUCCUCCUCGGUUUCAUUAACAAUCAGGAAAACACAAACCUCAGAAUAGCAACCCUCCAGACUAUCGGUUUCAUUUGCGAGGCUAUCAAACCAGAAAUCCUCAGUCUCAGAGCGAACGAGAUCCUUACGGCCGUCAUCCAUGGCGCAAGAAAGGAGGAGCCCUCUGCAGAAGUCCAGCUGGCUGCCAUCCACGCACUCUUCAACUCGCUCGAAUUCAUCCGGGAGAACUUUGAACGAGAGGGCGAGCGAAAUUAUAUCAUGCAAGUGGUGUGCGAGGCGACGCAAAAUGCUUCAGUCCAGGUUCAGGUGGCUGCCUAUGAGUGUCUCGUGCGGAUCAUGAGUCUCUAUUACGACAAGAUGGCGCUCUACAUGGAACAGGCUCUGUUCGGACUUACCGUCGUGGGAAUGAAGCACCCUGAUGAACGUGUUGCACUUCAAGCUGUCGAGUUCUGGUCCACUGUUUGUGAGGAGGAAGUCGAGUUGGCCAUUGAGGCGCAAGAGGCUUCCGAGUUUGGCGAGCAACCCGAAGUCGAAUCGAAGCACUUUGCAAAGAUCGCUCUGCCUGAAAUCGUCCCAGUCUUAUUGCAACUUUUGACCAAACAGGAGGAAGAUGCCGAUGAGGACGAGUGGAAUGUCUCCAUGGCGGCAGGUACAUGUUUGUCCCUCCUUGCAGGCGCCGUCCAGGACAGCAUCGUCAGCGCCGUCAUUCCUUUCAUCGAGGCGCACAUCAAGUCUGAGGACUGGCAUUUCCGGGAAGCUGCCGUCAUGACCUUUGGCUCCAUCCUCGAGGGACCCGAUCCUGCCGUCCUCACUCCUCUCGUCAACCAGGCUUUGCCUUUGUUGAUCGAUAUGAUGAACGAUUCCAACGUGCAUGUCAAGGAUACCACUGCCUGGACUUUGGGCCGAAUUUGCGACUUGUUGAUCACCACCAUCAAGCCCGAUGUACACCUCCACCCUCUUAUCUCGGCGCUGGUCACUGGUUUGAACGACUCGCCGAGGAUUGUGGCCAACUGCUGCUGGGCUUUGAUGAAUUUGGCUGAGCAGAUUGGGCUGUAUUAUGAGGAUGAGAACGAGGCUGCGCAGACUGGUCCAUUGUCGCGAUACUAUGAGGGCAUUAUGACCAGCUUGCUUCGCGUUACUGAGAGUGGAAGCAACGAGGCCAACUUCAGGACUGCUGCCUAUGAAGCCAUCACUUCCUACGUCAAGGAGGCUACUCCCGAUGUCAUUCCCGUCGUCCAGACUACUGCCGUUACGAUCUUGGGUCGCAUGGAACAUCUCCUCAAUAUCCAGAACCAAAUCGUGGGUGUUGAUGAUCGCAACAACUGGAACGAGCUCCAAGGCAACUUCUGCAAUGUCAUCGCGCAUGUUGCUCGUAAACUCGGUGCUGGUAUCCAACCCUUGGGUGAUCGCAUCAUGACCUUGACUUUGCAACUCAUCGCUGCUGCCGGCAAGACUUCAACAGUACUCGAGGAUGCUUUCCUCGUCGUCGGUGCUCUCUGCGGAGCUCUCGAGGCCGGUUUCGCACCCUACAUCAACGCCUUCCUGCCCUACCUCUACCCCGCCCUCAAGGCACACGAAGACUCCCACCUGUGCACUGUCUCCGUUGGCCUCAUCGGCGACAUCUCCCGUGCCUUGGGCGAGCAGAGUGCCUCGUUUGCCGGGUCAUUCAUGACUGUCCUCCUCGAGAACUUGCAGAGCGAGGUGUUGAACCGAAACGUCAAGAUCACCGUUCUCUCGACGUUUGGAGAUAUUGCGCUUGCGAUUGGGCCUGCGUUUGAGCCUUAUUUGGAGACGACUAUGAAUGUGCUUAGGCAGGCUGGAGCUGUUGAGCCCAAUCCUCUGGAUUAUGAGCUUCUCGAUUAUGUUGGGCAACUCCGGGAGGGUAUUUUGGAGGCUUAUACUGGUAUUGUGACGGGUCUUAAGAAGACCGAGAAAGUGAACCUCCUCCUGCCCUACGCCCAAGGCAUCUUCGACCUGAUCCACCGCUGCCUGAUUGACGAAGAGCGAACGGAUGCUCUUGUCCGGUUGGCGUAUGGUUUGAUUGGUGAUUUGGCUGAUUGCUUCCCUGCUGGCCAGAUUAAGCCUUUGUUGCUUCAGCAGUGGGUUGUUGCUGAGUUGAGGAGUAAGCUUAGGAUGCCCAGCGAGACCAAGAAGACUAUGAGGUGGGCAAGGGAGAUGGUCAAGAUUGCUACGCAGUAA